UUUAACUUUUACUUUUCAAUAAAUUUUAACGAAUAUAUCGAUUUUGCUAAAAUAUCGAUUACUAGUGCACAACUUUGGCACAAAUACAUGGAAUUAUUGCGAUGGUGCCGGUUAUGAAUGAUAUGCUUUGGUGAAAAUACUGAUGAAUACCUUAAGAUACUAUUGGAAAAUGAUUGGAAAAGUCGGAAGAUCACAAAUUCAUAUGGUAGCAUUACUUUGUCCAAGUCGUGUAUUUGCCGUCAAGGGUUCUUGGAAAAAUUUUGGUUUGAUAUUCAUAAAUACAAGACAAACAGUAAACAGAUAUUCCACUACAAAUAAGCCAAACACAAGUGAAGAUAUUACGAAUUCAAAUAAGGUUGGAGUAACAGCCCUUUUAAAUAUUUUUAAUAAACAAAAUUAUCGUUACAAUGGUAUACAGCAAGUAUUUAAUAUCAAAAAUAGUCGUAUUAAAUCUGCAAAUGAAGAUUCGUCUUAUCAACAUACCAACAAAUCAUAUUUUAAACGUGUGAUAAUCUACUUAGAAGAAGUUUUUCAUAUGGAUGAUGUACGGCGAGCACAGGAACGCGUUAUUAGUAUUAAGAAUGAAUUACAUUAUACGGGCAAUAAAAAAAGAUUUAUUCAAAGGGACUUAGAUAAACUGCGGCAAGAGCUAAACAAAGUAUAUAAGGAUUAUAAAAUUAACAGGAAUUCAGGUCAAUAUCUGGAGCUGGUGAAGAAAGAAGUGGAUAUAUAUACGGAAAUCGAUGAACUUCAGAAGGAGUUGACAGCGGUUGAUGAGCAUGAGCAAUAUUUAUUCAAUGCUUUCUCCGUGGCUAUAAAUGAUUCAUAUGAAAAGGAAAAGAUAUAUACAAAUAUGAUUAAAGUGCUGGGAAUAGUUGGAACGUUAUUAGGCUCAUUCAUCACGUUUGUGCUCUCAGUGGUUGGAUUGCUUUAUAAUCAAAAGAAAUUUUACACGCUGCGGAAAGAUGUUGAAAGUGCCUUUACUGAUCAAGUGCUGCUUAAAUUAGACAAAGUAAUAGAAGAUAUGGAAGAUUUUAAAGAAACAGUGAAUGCAAAGCAGUCACAGGUAGUAAUGGAAAAACCUGUGGAAUCAUGGAGUUCUUAUUUGAAUCGUCAUACGCGUUGGACUUACAGUUGGGCUUUACCAAGAAGGGAUAUUUAAUAUAAAAAUAAGUUUUUGCUGUGUAAAUACAAUAAAUUUUACUCGUAACAUGUUUUUGCAAAUAAUAAAUGAAGCCGAUUUGUUGACAAAAUGGAAACGGA